CUGUGAUUUCAUAUCAGAGCAAGAAACUUUCCUCCCUCCGUCUUUUGCUGUCUCGCUUUCUUCGGUGUAAAAUCAAACAACCAAAUCUCUCUGUCUCUCUCUCUCUGAUUGCGAAAUCGGAAUAGUAGUUGCGUUUGAGAGUGGGAGGAUGCAUCAUCAACAGCAACAUGGUGGAAGGGACGUGUGGAGAUUGACGAUACUUCUGUGCUUGGCAUGGGUGGGCACCCUCCUCUAUGGUGAAUUCUUCGCUUUCUCCAUCAUCCCUCAUUGCUCUUGGCCGGCUAUAGAGAAUUCAAAUGAAGCAGGAUAUGGCCACAAGCUGAUUAAGAUUGCUGUAAUUGCUGAUCCACAGCUUACAGACCGGACAUCACUUGGACUCCCUUCAAGAUCACUUCCCCUGGAGGCUAUACAAUUUUAUACAGAUUUAUACAUGAGAAGAUGUUUCCGAACUUCUGUACUUCCUUUUAAGCCCCAUAUACUCAUAUUUCUCGGUGAUCAUUUUGAUGGGGGCCCACACUUGUCAGAUGAAGAAUGGCAGGAGUCUUUGAGCCGGUUUAGAAAAAUCUUUGAUGUUAUUCAAAGAGGUCGCAAUUCAGACAUUCCAGUUCAUUAUCUCUCUGGAAACCAUGACAUUGGCUAUGCAGCUCUUCAUUUUUAUAAACCAGAGGUUAUCAAUCGCUACGAUCAAGAAUUUGGAGAGAGAAAUUAUCGCUUCAAUGUUGGCGAAGUGGAGUUUGUUGCUGUUGAUGCCCAGACUCUUGAUGGAUCACAAGGAAACUGGAGUCUUGCAUCAUGGAAUUUUAUAAAAAAUCUGUCUUCAGCAGAUGUUCCCCUUUCUCCAAGAAUUCUAUUGACCCAUAUUCCGCUUUAUCGACCUGAUGGAACUCCUUGUGGUCUAUACCGAUCAUCUCCAAUUAUCAACCAGAGAAUUGUUCGUGCAGGCCGUGGUCAAGAAAUAAUGUAUCAAAAUUAUCUUAGUGAGGACACAUCAGCAAAUCUACUGAACUUGCUCAAACCAAUACUUGUCCUAUCAGGCCAUGAUCAUGACCAGUGUACUGUUACCCAUCAAACCCCUAAUGGGCCAGUCAUAGAGCACACUGUUGGGACCUUCAGUUGGCAACAAGGCAAUUUGUAUCCCUCAUUUAUGUUGCUGUCCGUCGAUGCCCUGGCAUCUAAGAACUCAACAAACAUGGAAGAUAUAAUAUCAACUCGUUUAUGUUUUCUUCCAAACCAGACGAUGAUUUAUAUAUGGUAUCUCACCCUAUUUGUGAUAACUAUCCUUCUGCUUCUCCUCUGGCCUGUAAAUGGCCCGGCCUUUUUGGAAUGGUGUAGCUCUUACCUAGGAUCCAUCCAAAGAUUAAUUUCAAACAAGAACGCAAAAGUGAAGGAUGAUGAUGAAGACUGUGAGUUUGAGAUGAUAUGGGAUGCAGAGGGUUCCAUGCACCUCGUCAAGAAAGCAGUGAAGAAGGCUUCUUCUUCAAGUCAAAAUGGCACCCAACUUCCAGGAAGGGGUAAUGCAGUGGUGAGGCCUACAGCAAAGAAACAAAGUGUUGAAGCAGCCGACAUGACGUCAACAAAUUCAUCUGCAACUGAUGCAAAGUUGGAGUUCGGUAGAGGGCGUAGAAGGUUUGGGUUUAAACGUAGAUUGUUGCUUGCCAUUCGAAUGAUCAUGGCAAUUGUUGCUGUUAAUGUACCUCUCUACAUGAUGCUGCUGGUCAAGGAUUGGGUCGACUAGUUUCGAAAUUUGGUAUAAUCCCAUCAUUAGUUUCAUUAUUCAUCACCUUACCUGUUAAGUAUAAACACUACGGGAGUUUGGGUGGAGAGGGUCUUCCACUUGAUGUGAUGCCAUUAGCUUGAUUGUUUCAGGUUUGCUGUUCAAAGAUUUGUAGAUUGAGCAGGUUUUGGAACUUGGUUCAAUUUUGUUUGGUUCUUAGAAUAUUCGUAAAGACUUUUGUGCAAACUGUGAAGUUGUCAUUGAAUCUAGUUUGGGUUAGAUAAGUUUGCCAAGCUUUCAGAAAGAAUCAAAUUCAAAUCUCUCUAGCACUCCCUCAAAACAUGUUUUAUUUUGGCUGCUAUUGAAGAUUCGGUUUGGAUGUCAUAACCUCAUUGGUAAUGCCUGCGCUCCCUCAAAACAUAUUUUAUUUUGGCUGCUAUUGAAGAUUCGGUUUGGAUGUCGACAACAUUGGUAAUGCUUGCACCUGAAUCUGCAGGUGCGGCUGAAAAAUAGGGACUUGUAAUUGAUAAUAUCUGCUGCUAAAGCAACAUGCAGAGUCAAACUGCUUGUUUUCUUUUCAUUCGAUAAGAUGUUGGGUACUGGUGUAUCUUGGCAAUAAAUGAAGCUUCAUUCU